CACACUUGUUCUGAACUGCGCGGAUGGGUCGCUGCGCGCGUCGUCGAAUAAAACAAAUCAAAUUGAAAACUGCAAUAUUCGCUAGUGUACAACAAAAGUCAAUCCAGUCCUGCUCACAUCGGUACCGCUUGAAAGAGGAACAGAUAAAAAGAAAAAGGGAGCACAAGACGCAACUGUGCGGCAGUUUCAAGAGAGACUCACACGGACAGUGAAGAUAGUUUGAAAUAAAAGAUACAUUCGGAUUGGAAACAGUGCGGAGGUUGUCGCUGCGUCGGCUCGCGUAUAGAAUUAGUUUUUUCCGUGAUUGCACAAAAACCGGAACAUAAGUCUAUUAAGCAUUUGUGCAAUGCACAGGCGUGAAUAAAAUCCAACCAAACGCUGUGCGUGGAAAAUAGCAGCAGCAAAUCUCCGGGCAGCAGCAGCAGCAGAAGAAGGGAGUAGAAGAGAACAACACAACAAAAUAGCAAAUCAAAAUGGCGCACCAACAGCAGCAGCAACAACAACUGGCUCCAUCCGUGAAUUGUUCAUUGGAUGAUAUCGAUUUGACGGCACUGAAGGAUCCUGCUGGCAUCUUUGAGCUCAUCGAAGUUGUUGGCAAUGGCACCUACGGUCAGGUCUACAAGGGCCGUCACACAAAGACUGGACAACUGGCUGCCAUAAAGGUGAUGGAUGUCACCGAGGACGAGGAGGAGGAGAUCAAGCUGGAGAUCAAUGUGUUGAAGAAAUACUCAAAUCAUCGCAACAUUGCCACCUACUAUGGGGCGUUCAUUAAGAAGUCGCCGCCCGGCAAGGACGAUCAGCUGUGGCUGGUGAUGGAGUACUGUGGCGCUGGCUCUGUCACGGAUCUGGUGAAAUCCACCAAGGGACAGAGCCUCAAGGAGGAGUGGAUCGCCUACAUAUGCCGCGAGAUACUGCGCGGCCUGAGCUACUUGCAUUCGAACAAAGUCAUCCAUCGGGACAUCAAGGGCCAGAAUGUUCUGCUCACAGACAAUGCAGAGGUGAAGCUGGUGGACUUUGGUGUCUCCGCGCAGCUGGAUCGCACGAUAGGCAGAAGGAAUACAUUCAUUGGUACUCCCUAUUGGAUGGCACCGGAGGUCAUUGCCUGCGACGAGAAUCCCGAUGCCACAUACGACAAUCGCUCGGAUCUGUGGUCGCUCGGGAUCACUGCCUUGGAGAUGGCUGAGUCACAGCCGCCGCUGUGCGAUCUGCAUCCGAUGCGCGCCCUCUUCUUGAUUCCACGCAACUCACCGCCGCGCCUCAAAUCGAAGAAAUGGUCCAAGAAAUUCCACGGAUUCAUUGACACGGUGUUGGUGAAGGACUACCAUCAGCGGCCUUAUACCGAGAAUCUGCUGAAGCAUGGCUUCAUCAAGGAUCAGCCGACGGACCGACAGGUGCGCAUCCAGCUGAAGGACCACAUCGAUCGCUGCAAGAAGCGCAAGCAGGAGAAGGAGCGCGAGGACUAUCGCUACUCGGGCAGCGACAACGACGACGAUGAGCCGCAGCUGGCGGGCGAGCAUAGCUCCAUUGUCCAGGCCCCGGGCGGCGACACCUUGCGCCGCAACUUCCAGCAGAUCCAGGAGGGUCGUCUCGCGGCCGAGCAGCAGCAGCAGCACCACCAGCUGAUGGCCCACGCCCAUGCGCAGGCAGCGGCCGAUCAUGCUGCCGCCCAGGCGCAGUUGCACCAGCAACAGCAGCGACAGGCAGCCGCAGCGGCGGCAGCAGCCGAGGCCCACGUGGCAGCGGCAUUUGCAGCGCAACAGGCACAGGCGCAGGCAGCGGCAGCCGCACAACAACAGCAGCAGCAGCAGCAACAACAACAACAGCAGCAGCAGCAGGCACAGGCGCAGCAGCCGCAGGCAAAUCGACAGCAGAAACCGCCAUCGCGUCAGCAGAUCGAGGAGCCAGGUCCGCCGGCAAGGCCACAAAUCCCACAGCGUCUGAUUGUGGUGCCAGAUCCACCGCAUGCCAAUCGGCCAUUGCCACCGACCCCGAAGUGUGGCGGAGGAGGAGGAGGAGGCGAUCAGCCAACGGGUCAGACGCCACAGCAGCAGCAGCGCAAUUCGCAGAAUAACUUCAAGCCAUCGUUACCACCAAGGAGACCUGAGGAUCAUUUGGAUGUGUUAGCAGCACAAUUAAAUGAAUUGGGCGUGGUCUCCUCUCAACAGCCGCAGCCACAGACAGCAGCAGCUGGAGCCGGAGCCGGAGGUGCAGCCGGUGCAGGGGUACAGCAGCAGGCGGCCCAACCGGAGGCGCCACCACGCAGCAAUCGGGGGUCUGGGUCCGCCUCGGGUGGCGGCGGCGGCGGCAUAGGAUCAUCCGCAUCGAAGCCAGCCGCCGUGCUGCCACAGCAGUCCAACAAUCAUCUGGGACAGCCCGUGAAUCCGUUGGAUCCAUUGGACAGCAGCGAUUCGGACAGCGAGCCGGAUGAGCCAAACGAUCGUGCCCGAAACGAUGGCACACUGUUGGCCAGCGAUCCGCCCAAGCCACUACCCGAAUUUUCAUAUAGGCCUGGUCUGGGACCCGUCUCCGAGGACGGCAAUACGACAACGCCCCUUGGCAGCCAUGGAAGCGGAGGACCACCCAAUCGGCCACUGCCACCAACGCCCGAUGACGAUGAUCAGGCAGGAGAUCGUACGCUGAUCAUGAAGCGCAAACUCGAACAGAAUAUAAAUCGCCUGCAAAAGUCAGCAUCCGCUGCCGCUGUGCCACGCAAGGAGGAGGCAAAGCUGCUCAGGGACUGGGACUUUGAUCGAUUCUUUCCAAAGAGCACCAGCAAUGGAGCAGCAGCAGCUGCAGCACGUGCCAGUGGCAGAGCCAGCGGCAGCAGUGGCAGUGGAAGUGGAAGUGGAAGCAGUGGCAGCCCCACAGCGACGGCCAGCCUCAGUCGCAGCUCGCAGCAGAGCACCCUCAAGGUGGAGACGAAGCUGCAGAGGGCCAGUGUGGCGGAGGCCAUUACCAGGCCAGUGCCCAGGGGCUAUCAGCCGCUAAAGGGUGCCACAAGUAUUGAUAAGAAAAGAGCAACUCCCGCAACUCCCACAACUGCCGCAACUGGAGCCGCUAGCAGCACUUCGAUGUCGCAGCACAAACGCCAGGAGUCGGACUCCAAGCUGCCGAUGAACUUUGUGCGCGGCUUUCGGCGAGAGAACUCGGACUUUUUCCCGCUAACCAAACGCCACUCUGCAGUGCUGAGUGGCACCACCAGCAGCAACAACAGCAGCAGCAGCAACAGCGGCGGCACAGCCUCCACGCAGCAGCUGCAGUCGCCACAAAUGGUUCAAAUCAACCAGAGAGCCAGUGCCAUGUACCAAAGGAACAGCAUUUACAACAGCAGUGCCACAGCCAGUGGCAGCAGCAAGAGCAAGAUCACCAGCUCCUCUCCAGCAGCAGCAGCAGGAGGAGCAGCAGGAGCAGGAGCAGGAGCAGUGGCUGGCAAGUCGGGAGCAGGAACUCCUGCAACUCCUGCCAUCAAGUCAAGCUGGGCUAAUCUUGAUUUCUUGCGUCCGCGUCGCGAAAAGACUGAAUCCGUCAUUGUGUUGCAGAAUGCUGCAUCUCGAGCCCAUCAGCAGCAGCAGCAGCAGGCGCAGGCGCAACAGUUGCAGCAACAGCAACAACAACAGCAGCAGCAGCAGAAUCGCGGAGUUGGCGGCGGAGGAGGCAGCGGCGGCGGCGGUGGCAGCAGCGGAGUUGCAGCCGAUGGCAGCGUUUUGGGUACACCCGGCACCCGGACCAGCAGCGUACUGCCCGAUCUUCUUAGCCAGGCAUCGCCGGCCACACCGCCACGCCAUGACAAGUCAUCCAGUGAGGAGUAUCAAGCGGCCAUCAGUUCAUCCGUGCAUUCCACGCCAUCGAAAUCGUUUAUCGCUAGCAGCGGCAGCGGCAGCGCCAGCGCCAACGGAGCCGCAAUCAGUGGCCACGGCCUUGGUGGUGGUAGCGUCGUCGGUGGUGUGAUUAUUAGCAGCAGCACCAAUAAUUCACCACAGUCGACGAUAUCGCUUGCCUCGUCCUCGUCGAAUUCGCGACAGAACUCGCCAAAGAAUUCGAUCAGUAAGACGCGUUCCACCAGCAGUAUUACUAAUUUAUUGCACAAAUCUGCUUCUUCCUCCUCUGCGAACAUCCACCACCUGACGCCCUGCUCUUCGACGUCUUCAUCGAAUGCGAAUGCAUCGUUGAGCGCCCUCUUGCCACCCCACGCGUACGCGCUGCAACAGAAACAACGCAGUUUCCUUACCUUCGGUUUCGGGGCCGGCGGCUCCGGCCCGUCGCGUCGUGAGUCGCACGUGAAUGUCAAUGUGACGCCCACCUCCCACGAGGCGGCCAACGAUACGCCCGAGAUUCGUAAGUAUAAGAAGCGCUUCAAUUCGGAGAUACUCUGUGCGGCGCUAUGGGGCGUCAAUCUGCUGAUUGGCACAGAGAAUGGCCUAAUGCUGCUCGAUCGUUCCGGCCAGGGGAAGGUCUAUCAACUCAUCUCAAGACGCCGCUUCCAGCAAAUGGAAGUGCUAGAGGGUCAAAACAUAUUGGUUACCAUAUCCGGCAAGAAGAAUCGCGUGCGUGUCUACUACUUGUCCUGGCUCAAGUCGAAAAUCUUGCGCACCGAUGGACUCUCCGAUCAAGUGGAGCGUCGCAAUGGUUGGAUUAAUGUGGGUGAUCUACAAGGUGCUGUACAUUUUAAGAUUGUCAAAUACGAGAGGAUUAAGUUCCUAGUGAUUGCAUUAAAAGACUCUAUUGAAAUAUAUGCAUGGGCUCCCAAACCAUAUCACAAAUUUAUGGCAUUUAAGAAUUUUGGUGAAUUGGAACAUCGCCCGCUUUUGGUCGAUCUCACAAUUGAAGAUCAGUCGAGACUGAAGGUGAUUUAUGGCUCGGCCGAGGGUUUCCAUGCGGUUGAUUUGGAUUCAGCUGAAGUAUACGACAUAUAUCUUCCCAAACAUACUCAGGGUGCAAUCAUUCCGCAUUGUAUUGUGGCGCUUCCGAACUCCAAUGGGAUGCAACUGCUGCUGUGCUACGACAAUGAAGGUGUCUACGUGAAUACUGUGGGUCGUGUAUCCAAGAACAUUGUCCUCCAGUGGGGAGAGAUGCCCACCUCAGUGGCAUACAUUGGCACUGGACAAAUCAUGGGCUGGGGCAACAAAGCAAUAGAGAUACGUUCCGUUGAGAGCGGCCAUUUGGAUGGUGUGUUUAUGCACAAGAAGGCGCAGCGCUUGAAAUUCCUUUGCGAGCGCAAUGACAAAGUAUUCUUCAGCAGUGCCAAAGGUGCUUCAUCGUGUCAAAUCUACUUUAUGACGCUCAACAAGCCAGGCAUGGCCAAUUGGUAAAGCACACAGCUCUGCUCGGAUGAUCUUGGCAGCCAUCGAUCGACCCCAGCCCAGCCCAGCCCAACCCAAGCCAAGCCAAUCCCCCCAGGAGGCGAUCGAUAUGCUCAACCAGCAAAAAAUGCAGCAAAACAUUUUCUUCUUAUUUUACAACAAAGCAACAAAAUAUCUAAAGAGAACAUACACACCCACACAAAAACCCCCACACACACACACACACACGAUAAUUAGUGAAGUAAAAAUGUAAGUGAGAUGAGAUGACGAUGACGAUGAUGACGACGGAUAUCCUAUACAGAUGAGACACAAUUCUAACAUUCACCACAAAUCACACCACAAACAAUCAUGAACUUGUGCUUAUGAAAAUUCACCACGACAACGUUUCAAUUAGUAAAUGUGCUAAGAAAACUCGAUCCACUCGGAGGAGAAGUGCGAAGCGAGCCUAUUCUAUAUAUAUUAAAAUAAUCUAUUUAAUAUUUAGAAACAAAAGUGUCAAGCUCACUCGCAGAGGUUUAUUUUUCGGCGGAACCAGAAGUCAACGAUCUAUGUCCUUUCGAUGAUGUAUGUAUAUUGACGCUACUUAGCCGCAGAUGGUGUGCUGCCCCUGCCCCCCAUCCACUAAUCAGAUGGGUCCACACACACAACAAACACACACACGAUUCAAAUCCAUUUCAAAUGUCGUUUCGAGUAUGAUUUCGCUUUCAAGUUAAACUUAAGUUGAAAAAAACAAAACAAAAACAGGCAACGCAGCAACCGAAAAUACACAUAAGUAUAUCGAAUUUUUGCAAUGGAAAACCCACGUAUAUAUCGGUAUACAUAUAUAUAUAUAUAGAGUAUAUAUAUUAAUGAAUAAAUAUAUGCAAUUAGUUUUUGUUCUUGGUAUUAUCAAAUAGAAUUUAUUUGUGCGUUUCCGAUUGAUGGCGACGAUUACGAUAUGUUGGUGUGGAAAGCAGAGGGAAAUUUAUUGUGUCUGUAUGCUCAUUUUUAUGGAGAACAAAACAAAACGAAACAAAACAAAGCAAAGCAAAGCAAAAUAAAACGCCAUUGUAAAAACUAAGUGAUAAAAAACAAAGUAAAAAAGAAUUAAAUAAUAUUAGAGCGAGAGAGCAAGCAGAGAGAAUGUUUGUUAUAAGCAGAAGCCGGAACAAUUAUAACUGAUUUAAUGUAAAAUAAAGCCGAAAGCAACACACAAAAACACAAACAAAACAAAAUGCUUACAACAAUUGAUGGAUAAUUGAGAGAAAUUACAAAUGGAUGGAUGGAUGCACCAUGACGUUUAUAAGGAGAGCGCUACCUUAUAACAAAAACCAAUUGGAGGGAAUUACAAACGAGAAAACUAGUUAAGCAGCAUUUUUUACUGAACUUUUAUACAGAGCAAUGAAAAUGAGAAAAACAAAAAA